CCGGUUCUCCCUGAUGGAUCCCAAGGCAGCGGCGAAAUCGAAGCGCUCGCACACCGUGCGCGGCCGCCGCGUCCACCAGACCCCCGCCGCCGCGGCAGCGCACAGGCAGAAGCGUGCCACAGCCGCCGCCGCCGCCGCCGCCACCUCGUCCGGCCCCCGCAGCCGCAACCUCCCCUCGAACUGGGACCGCUACGAUGCCGAGGGCGAGGCGGAGGACUCCGCGGCCGCGGGGGAAUGGACAGGCGAGGUGGCUCCGCGCAGCAAGGGUGCCGACUUCGGAUUCCUGCUAGAGCAGGCCCGAGCGCAGCCCUCCGGGGCCCGAGACCUCAUCGCGCCGUGUGUCCCCUCCCAGGACUUGCCAUUUGAUUUUAUGCAGGCUUCUACCUCUAUGCUCGAAGUUAAAGGUGAAGGAAUCUUGUCCUGGUGUGCUGAUGAUAACUUUAUAUUAGAGGACGACCUAGCACCAGAUUUUGAGGUGCCUUUUCUCUCCAUGGAUCUGAAUGCAUUGGCCAAUCACCUUUCAAAGAUUAGGCUUUCUCGGAGACUUUUUAUUGAAGAUGAUCUAUUUCCUGAGGCUAUGGCUGAUGCAUCAGAAGACAAUGAAAUAGCGAUUGAACUUGACACCUCUGUGGAAAUUGACGCUAAAGGCAGUUCAGUUGGACAUAACUUGAACUUUGAACCCAGAAAAGAUACAAGUCAUCAUGAGUCUGCCAGCAACAUCUGUGCUGAUGAUCAGAUAAAAACAGAACGUCAGCCGCAAUGUUUUGCACGAGAAAAUACAGCAUCUACAAAGGUUAGUACUCAUUCAGUGAAUUCAGAUAGUGAAGACAAGAGCUACAAGCAAGUCAUGGAUACUGAUCCUGGUACAAGCCAUAGCAAAGGGUUGAUGUUUGAGGUGGGCGCUGCAGAAGAAGAACUUGACAUGCUCCUCGAUUCAUUUGGCGGAACUCACCUUUCCAGCUCCAACUUGGACGAACCAUUUGAGCCCGUUUCAACUUUGCAAGAGAUCAGUCGGUCCAAUGAGAAGGUUGGACCUAGCUUGUCUUCCGGACCACCUUUGCUUGCACCUCUCGACGAUGCUCUAGAUGACUUGCUUUCAGAGACUUCUCAUACUGCUGCACAGAACGAAGGCUUUGCUACGCAAUGUAUAACUUCUCAACCGACGGCUGAUUCUGGCCAGAACACCGACUUCAGAUACACUAAGAAAAUUGAUGUGACACCAUCAAUUCAUGAUUCGGUGGAUGAUUUGCUCGAAGACACUUCACCAUGCUUAAAUGAGCCGAAACAAACUACAACUGCACAAGCAUCGAACAGCACCCCGCUUGAUAGCGUACCCAUCCGUUCUGGUCCAUCAAAUGCAUCUGCAUCGGAAGAUUUUGAUUCAUGGUUUGAUUCUCUAUAGGACAGAAGAAGGUCGGUGCCGUGAGGAAGUAAUGGCUGGCUUCAGGGCAUCUUCUCGGACAUGCAUAGUACCUUUGGCCUUUAUGUACUCCAUUACUGAAUUAAACUUCGUAACAGUACGGCGAACUUGAUUUCAGUGUUAGCAUCUUUGUAUGGAGAGCAGCCACUAGAUAACAAUAUAUUUUUCCUUGAGAGAUGACAAAAGCUCUUUAUUUUAAGAGAUGACAAGAGGUUGUUGCGGGCGGGCGCCGGACUGCCACUCCUCGUCCUUCACGGUGCCGUACUUCUUCCUUCGAUGUUGAGCCAGCUUUAAGGCCUCCUACGACGAGAUCUUCGAUGGAGAACGCGGGAAUACCACGGUCCCACCGAACGCCUUUUGAACUAACAAAUCGGACAGAAAAAAAAAGCCCAUGCUUAUGAUCAAGUCUGCUGUAAGGAGAAAGAAACAAGACGACGUCAUGGGAGGACUGGAAGCGCCCAACUUUCACGCAUGUGCAAGUGCAACGAACACCUCAUGAUUCUUGCUAGCGGCUCUGCUCUAUGAUUAGAUCCAGAUGUUUAGUCUGUGUGCUGCUGCUUCGUGGGUAGGUAGCCACUGGUUUGGAGCCGAAGGCCACCUCGACGCGUCACUCGUGCUCAUUAGUCAUUAGUGCUCAUGCUUUUGUUAGUGUGUUCGUUUGUUUUGGAAAGGGUAAAGAAAACGCAAUGUUUGGUACUGCUACAAAGAUUCGAUCAGAGUGACUCAAUGCCAUCUAUUUAGCGUUUCCGGUGUGCUUGAUUUCGUAGCUAA